UGAGCACACCUGGCAUCUGGUUUUUUGUCCACAUAGUUAUAAUAAAAAAAACUUUAAAUAUUUUUGCUUUAUUGCAUGACACUGCUAACCAUUCACGACCUCAAACACAUUUAAGUCCAAGCCACUCAUGCUCUAGUUUAAUUUUGCGGAUAACUCUGCAGCUUUGAAUCUCACGAAGCAGUGUGGCGGGCCGUGAUGUUGCGCUGCGAAACAGCAUAAAGGAUGUCGUAUAUGAAUAAAUGUUUCCCUGUUUGCUAUAGUGAUGCACUGAUGGAUUUCACUAAACUAGUCUAAAGUACGGAGUGCCAGCUGAUGCAACGGCUUAUGGUCGUCUGGAGUUGUUUUUCAUGCAGAUGGAUGUUUUCUACACAAACGCUCGGUCAUUAGCUUGUUCUUUGUGUGCAGAAGAAGUUUGAAUUUCUGCCUCGAAGAGGAACUGACGUUAGCUAAAGCAGGUCAUUCAGAGAGAAAGAGAGAAAGAGAGAGAGAGAGAGUGAGAGAGUGAGUGAGAGAGAGAGAGAGAGAGAGAGAGCUAACGCUAGAGCAGCCGCACUGUCUGCUAGCACUGCAGCCGUAUGUGCUUUUAUCUGCUUCUAAAGCUAAACUUCAUUUAUUAACGCGACUGGGGGAAAUAUUAUGCAUUCGACGCACCAUUUCGAGUGUUCGUAACUCUACAUUGCCAGUUGGGGGAGUUUGCAUCAGUGCAGGACGGUGUUAUUUGUUUCAGAUCAGAGCAGUUGAGCUGAGUUAGCUUAGCUAUAGCGAGCAGCCAGCGAGCCCAAGUUCCUUCAAGCGCCUUUGCGUUUCGCUGUCAAGAUGCCUGCGAUGCUGGAGAAGGGCACCGCUGAGAUAUCGGGUAAAAGAAGGGGCAGAAACUCUGUGAAUAAUCCGACCAAAAGUUUUACUUCAAACGGGAACAGCAACAAUUCAUGGGAGGAAGGAAGUUCGGGUUCCUCAAGUGAUGACGAGCAUGGUGCAGGCGGGAUGCGAGUUGGACCGCAGUAUCAGGCAGUUGUUCCCGAUUAUGAUCCUGAAGUAGCAAAGGCAAGCCAAGAGAGAGAUAACCUGGGAAUGCUGGUGUGGUUUCCAAAUCCAAGUAUACCAGAGGCCAAAUUGGAUGAGUACAUUGCAAUAGCCAAAGAAAAACACGGGUACAAUAUGGAGCAGGCAUUGGGCAUGCUGUUUUGGCACAAACACAACAUUGAAAAAUCUUUGGCAGAUCUUCCCAACUUCACCCCUUUUCCAGAUGAGUGGACGGUUGAAGACAAGGUGCUGUUUGAACAAGGUUUCAGCUUUCACGGAAAGACAUUUCACCGCAUCCAGCAGAUGCUUCCAGACAAGUCAAUUGCAAGCCUGGUUAGAUUCUAUUACUCGUGGAAGAAAACGCGCAGUAAAACGAGUGUGAUGGACCGCCAUGCGCGCAAACAGAAGAGAGACAGAGAGGAGAGUGAUGAGGAAGGAGAAGAAAAUAGUUGCACCUCUCCAGGGGAUGCUGAAUUUGAGCCAAAUAAGGAUGAGAAGAAAGAGGGAACAUCUGGACCUGAGAAACAAGAGUCAAAACCUGCAGUUGUGCAGAAGCCAGCAAAUCUUGCAGAAAAGUCAUUGCAUGUUAAGAAAGAAGUACAGGGACUUGCUGGGAGGAAUCUACACCGGGCAAAGAAGAAACCGCCUAAAGGAAUGCAUUUAAACGCCGAUGAUGUGGCGGCGAUGUCUAGCAGCGGCCCGGCUGCAGUUAGUGUUCUGAGACAGCUGGAUAUGGAGCUCAUUGCCAUAAAACGGCAGAUUCAGAGCAUUAAACAGCACAACAGUGCCCUCAGAGAAAAGCUGGACACGGGCGUGGAUGAGUUUAGGCCAUCUGAGGCUAAUCAGAAAUUUAAUACCCGCUGGACCACAGAAGAGCAGCUGCUUGCAGUACAAGCUAUAAGGAAGUACGGCCGGGAUUUCCAAGCCAUUUCUGAUGUGAUCGGCAACAAGUCUGUGGUUCAAGUGAAAAAUUUCUUUGUGAAUUACCGGCGUCGCUUCAACCUGGACGAAGUACUGCAGGAGUGGGAGGCCGAGCACGGCGUGGAGGGACGUAAGGGUUUAGAUGAAGAGAAGAUGGAGGUGUCAUCCGAAGAGGGAACCACCCUUGGACCUUCAGAAAACCAGGCAGAGGAACCGACGGCAAUGGAAACACAAAACCCCUCAGUUUCCUGAGUUCUCCAACGUCGGUCAGACGAGCUCAGAUCAGUUAAUACCGCAGCUGUGCGUAAGAGGCAUUAAGGCUUCAGUUGCCUCAAGUGAAGCCUCUUCGUAAUGGACAUUCCUCCCCCCCAACUCCCACCCCUCCUACUGGACCCAGGACUCUCACAGGUGCUACUGCAUAGGAGCGCAAUCUUCACCAAGCUACUCUACGGACCUGGAUCAUCACUGCCAACAGAAGUAGAGUUCCCGUCUGGUCUCUACCAGUCUGCUGCUCCAAAAGUUAUACUCUUCACAAAUGGUAAUUGGUCUGUUAUGGGGGGAAUAAAACAUCCAUAUACCCAUCCCUACAUCACUGGACAGCGAAUUGGGAUCUUAAAAGAUCUCUUAAGCAGUCUGAAGGAUUUUAAUGUCACUUGACCAUCUCCUUUUCCUGAUAUAUACAUGGGACUCUGACUUGGUCCUAGUCCAACACCCCUUUCCAGUUACUUUUUUGUUACUGUAGCAUAUUAUCUAGUUAUGAUUUGCUAUUUUAAAAUAGUUUGGGGGGAGGGGGUUAGUUGAUCUCUGGUUGGAUUAAGCUAUUUAUUUGCAUAAAAAGUGAAUUAUACGAACUGCACUGUAUAGAUACAGUGAAAUGCCAGUGUAGAUGAAAUUUAAAUAAAUUUAAUACUGAUUUUAAUAUUAUUCUUUUAAAAAUGAAAUGAUUUCCAGCUCUUAUAUUGUUUAAGUGAGUUGAUUUAGUAUUAGGUCGUAAUAUAUAUAUAUAUAUAUAUACUGUUUAAUCCUGGACCCUUGUACGUGGUGUAUUUGAAAUGCAUUUUAUCUCAAAAGUUUCUUGACUGAGGCUGUGUUGUAACGGAAUAGGAGGUAUUUUUGUUUUCUUUCUUUUUUUUUAAGUCUUAUUUCGAACUGUUUUGCAUGCAUGAACAGUUACUCCAUGCCAAGGUCAAGCUUUUCACCCUCUUAGGGGUGUCUAAACGUAUAUGGAUCGCUAUGUGUAGGUAAGAAUUUCAAAAUAUGGCAGCACAUCUAAAUUUCUGCUACUAUUCCAUGCUUGUAUGUGUUUAUCCACACAUCUUAAUUUAUUAUGGUGUUUGGAGGUAAACGUUAGAUUGGUUCAUAUUGUUUUUUUUUUUUUUGUUUAAUUUGAAAAUGGAAUAAGUUAUUUAAAAUACAUGCACACUCACUUGUUUUGACCAACUUUUUUUCCUCUAAUAACUGUAAUGGUACCAUACAUGUGUGAACUCCUUUUAAACUUAUUAUGCGUGCAGAUGACAUGUACAUGGUUGGGGUGAAGUUCUGCGUGUGUGGGUGAGAGCUGAUGUGGGCAUAGGCUGUGGCCUGUAUAUGUAAUCAGUUUAUGUCACAUUAGUCAUAAUAAACUUAAGGGAUUUAUACUGUCAAA